GUGUAUUGAAAAUAUGUUGAACCUUUAAAAGGGCCAGUCGUUCAAGAUUUGUCAUCAGUCAAAUUUGACCAGCCAUUCGCAAUGAAAGUUAUCCGUGGCUUUGCUCUCGUGCUUUGUGUGGCGUCAGCUUUUAUGCCUUCAAUAGCCGAUACCACUUAUGAAAGUUGUACCAGACUCGAUGGAAUUUCUGGACAUUGUAAGCCUUUUAGAAAUUGUCCCAAGAUUUUAGAAAUGAUCGGGCACAAACCGCUUACGACUGUUGAACUAAACUACUUAGCGAAUUCAAAAUGUCCCAUACCUAAAAGGGGUUUUGCAUGCUGCGAAGAAGAGGAGAGUGCGGGUAUGGCAAUAUUAAAGGAACAGGACUGUGGAUACUUUGGUGGAACAUUAAAGACAAUCGGCGGAACCGAAGUUAAAUUAAUGUCAAGACCUUGGAUGGCUCUACUUUGGAUGAGAAAGCUCGGGUAUGAUCAGUUUCAUUGUGCUGGUACCCUAAUAACAAAACGCUUUGUACUAACCGCCGCGCAUUGUUUCAAUGAUCAAGAAUUAUUAUUUGUUCGUUUGGGGGAACACGCGAAAUCCACAACAACAGACUGCGCUUGGGAGAAAUCAAGACAUAUAUGCGCGCCGCCAGUUGAGGAUAUAUCGUUUGAAAGGAUCAUGGUGCACGAGAAUUACUUGAAACAAUCUAAACACAAUGACAUAGCAUUGGUAAAGCUAUCAAGAGACGUCGAGUUCAAACGACAUAUAAGGCCCAUCUGCUUGCCUGUGAAUGCAACACUCCAACAACAACCGGAAGAAAUGGAAGAGUUCCAUAUAACUGGUUGGGGCAAAACUGAGCAUGAAUUGUUGUCUGAUAUUCCCAUGGAGAGCAAAAUCCCUAACAAGCCUCGCGAAGACUGCCACAGAUCCUUUCACACGGAUAUAAGAAAAACCCAGCUGUGCGCUGGUAACCUUGGCAAGGACUCCUGUAAUGGCGAUUCUGGUGGUCCUUUAUUAUACUUGAGCGAAUAUAACGAGAAGCAAAGAGAUUAAUCCGGAUGGACUGCGUAUACUGGAGCAACAGAAUUGUGGCAUCGGCAAAAAUGUUCGAUUAAUAGGGAAUGCAACUGAAGUUAUUCCCGGAUUGAGACCCUGGAUGGCACUAAUUAACAAUAACGAUACGAGCAAACCAUAUUAUUGUAAUGGGACUCUUAUAACGGAUCAAUUCGUUUUAACUGUUGCGCAUUGUGCUACGCAAGUUGAGUUUAUUUUUCUUUUUAUUA